AUGGUCAAGUACAUGUUGUCACGACCUAUUCUGAGAGGCUGCAAUGGCAAGUGGGUACUAGCCCUGUCCGAAUUCUCACUACAAUACGUUCCCCAGAAAGAAGUAAAUGGACAGGCCAUCACAGACUUUCUGGCACAUCACCCUAUGUUGGAUAUCUCGACAGUGAAGGAGUUAGAAAUAGCGACCACAACUACAACUCCACCAGAUUUGGUGCGCAUUCCAGAGUACGCCAUAUGGUUUGGUAUCCCUGAAGUGCUUGUUUCAGACAGGGGAGCAGCAUUCAUAGGAGGUGAGGUAGAGAAGCUUGUCAAUGAAUUGGGCAUCCAGUUCAUCCACAACACUCCAUAUUAUGCUCAGUCCAACGGUCAAGAGGAGGCCAGUAACAUGAUUAUUAUUACCCUGCUAAAGAAGAUGCUGGUUGAAAACCCUCGCCAGUGGCACGGCACGUUGUAUGAGACACUAUGGGCUUAUCGCACCUCCAAGAGGAAUCCCACCGCUCCAACGCCCUAUGCACUAAUGUUUGGCCAUGAUGCAGUUUUACCCUUGGAACUCAAUGUUCAAUCCUUACGCAUACAAAAUCAGCAUCACUUGAUCGGUGAAGAUUAUGUCCAGGCGAUGUGGAAAGAACACGAAGAUCUAAGUGAGCAACACUUAGCAGCUUUGGAGAAUUUAGUGAUAGAAAAACAGCGUAUCGCCUGCGCCUAUGAUAAGAGGACGCGUGGCCGUAGUUACAAAGAGGGGGACCUUGUUUGGAAAGCUAUUUUUCCCUUUGGCGAGAAAUUGACUGGUCGCUGUAAAUGGACUCCACGAUGGGAAGGACCCUUUGUUGCCCACCGUAUUAUGGAGCGCGGGGCUUUUCACCUCAAAGAUUUUGAUUGCGACAUCCAUCACAAUCCCAUCAACGGGGGGUUCCUGAAGAAAUAUUACCCUAGUGUUUGGGAGUUCGAGGAUCCACCGGAUCAACCUUCUUCCCAGUCAGGGGGGCAACCAUAG